GAUAUUAUCUGUCAUUAGGCAUCUCAUCUUUUCGGCUAGCGUGUCAAGUCGUCCGCGUGGAUAUUUGGUGGCCGAUUCCCCUCCGAGGGUCGUGUGCGUCUACUUGACACGUAGUUCCUCGGCAGCGCCCAUACGAAUCACUUUGUCCGCGAGACUUUGCUUCUUCUUCUUCUUCUUCUUCUUUUAACGUAUACGUAUACACAUAAUCAUCACAUCAAAAUGAUUCGCUCAACACAGAUUUCAAGGCUGGAUGGCCUCAUGCUUUGCGCUUCCGUCGACGACGAGUCUCAGUCCGACUCCACCGCCCUCAACGAAGUCAAGCAACAACUCCGCCAAGUCCAGCGAAAGCUCACCCGCAACUCCGAGUCCCAAGCCAGCAUCGAGUCCUCCACCCUCUUCACAAUCCACUACCUCAUCGACUCCGACGUCGUCUUCCUCUGCAUCUGCGAGCGCUCCUACCCGCGCAAGCUCGCCUUCACCUACCUCGCCGACCUCUCCCGCGAGUUCACAACCACAUACACCCCGCAGGCCAUCCACAACCCGGCCCUCCGGCCCUACGCCUUCAUGGAGUUUGACAACUUCAUCGCCAAGACGCGCACUACUUACGCCGACGCCCGCGCUGCGCAGAACCUCGAUAAGCUUAAUGACGAGCUGCGCGACGUCACGAAGAUUAUGACCAAGAAUAUCGAGGAUUUGCUUUAUCGUGGCGAUAAUCUUGAGCGCAUGGGCGAGAUUAGCAGUCGUCUGAGGGAUGAUAGCAAAAAGUAUCGUCGGGCUGCUGUGCGCAUCAACUGGGAGCUUAUGCUCAAGCAGUAUGGUCCGUUUGCUGGCUUGGGCUUCUUCAUCCUGAUCUUCAUCUACUGGCGCUUCUUUUAGAAGAGACGUAACCGGAUUGGCUGUCAAGUGAGAGAGGGAGGGGAAAGAAAAGAAAGGGAAAACACAGGGGUUGGGAAAGAAACCAUGGGCAAACAAAGGGGAAGUGGGAGGGAAACAUCGAGUUGUCAAUGCACAAAGAGCGGAGCGUGGCGUUGAUGGAUAUCCAUUAUAUUCUAUAUACAGUUAUGUGACUUAAUGCUUCUAUGCACCACAAGUGUCCCGAAACUUUUU